UAUUUAUUUUGGCGUUAUCAAAAGUAUUAAUGACGUAAAUUGAAAACAACUGAACAUACUAUCAAAAUAUUGUUAGUUGAGAGUCCUAGGUGUUCUAUGUAGCUGUAACUGUUAUAAUGCGUAGUGCAAAUACCUACAGUGAGUGAGGUUAUACAAAAUUAGCAUUGUCGAAUCCACACAACCUUUAAAUAUCGACAAUGGAGAAAAGUCCUGAACCUAUCAAAUUGUACAGAUUAUGGGUAACUGACUAUCCCGAAGACUUCAUGACCAACAAAUCUCUAGCCAAAACUUAUUUUCGAAAAUUCGGAGUACUUAAAAAAAUCACCUUUAGAAAAAUGUCCCGAACAAUAAUUGCUGAAUAUGAUAGUGAAAAAAGUUUGCACAAUGCUUUACAAAACGCUGGUGAAUAUAAAGGCCAGCAUUUCACUGUAUCUACAGAGAAGAAAACAUCACCUGGGAAAAAAAAAACUGUUUUGAACAAUCCGGUUCGUUAUACCGACGAUACAGAUGUACAAGCGGAACUGGAUGGAAUGGCUGGGGGUCCUUCUAUCACCAGAUCAAAUGUUGAUACGUCUAGAAUCUCAGAAAAGUUAAUGAAUAGAAUGGCUCCAAAAUUAAAAAGAGUGUGGAACAACCUUGAACCUAUAACUAAAUUAGAACUACCAAUUAAAAAAAGGACUGUUGAAAAAUCUGGAUUUACUGCAGAACAAAUUGAACUGAUAAACAGGAUAAAACAGCAAAAUACAACAAUUGAGGAAAAAUUCAGAUGUUUAGAUGCAAGAGAUAAAAUCAUCAGAGUACUUUUAAGAAAGAAAAACGUCAAAUCAAGUGGUCCUACAGUUGGAGAGUGUCCCGACAUGUGUCCAGAGAAAGAAAGACUUAUGAGAGAAACCAAACAUCAGGUGGCACUGUAUGAACAAGAGGGUGGACGUGGCCUGGUUCCUAGACUGGCUGUAAAGCAGUAUUCUCGAAGCUCAGCUGAUCAGGAAGCUCCUCUUCCUUUCGAACUUCGCCCCGUAAGUGUCUUGCAAAUGACUAUGGGCUACUUGCUGCAUCGUAUCGUUGAAUUGUGUGAAAGUCCCGAUGUGAACGUAGGCGACUGGUACCACUUUCUGUGGGACCGCACCCGGGGUAUUAGGAAGGACAUCACUCAACAGGAGAUGUGCUGUCAAGGAUCCGUCGAACUGGUCGAACAAUGCGCCAGAUUUCACAUUCAUUGUUCAGCCAGACUGGUUGCAGAAGAACCUGCAGUGUUUGAUCAGAAGAUCAACACUGAAAAUCUAACCAAAUGUUUGCAAACUUUGAAGUACAUGUACCACGAUUUACAUUUGAAAGGCGAGUCUUGUCCCAACGAAGCGGAAUUCAGAGCCUACAUUAUUUUGCUCAAUUUAAAUGAUGGCAAUUUUAUGUGGGAGGUACAACAGUUGAAACCUGAUAUUCAAAGGUCGCCAGAAGUAAAAUUUGCCAUGGACGUGUAUUCAGCUUUGGACAAGAACAAUUACGUAAGGUUCUUUAAACUCGUUAAAACAACCACAUAUUUGAACGCAUGUGUUUUGAUGCGAUACUUUGUCCAAGUUCGUAACAAAGCUUUAGAAACUCUCCUCAGGUCUUACUCAAAUAGAUCUAUGAGCGUUCAAUAUCCGCUCAGUAAACUCGUGCGCGUCCUCGGAUUCGAUGAUGCGGAGUCGGCUGCAGAUUUUUUCAUCAGUCAUGGGUUGAAAAUUGAAAUGGAUACAUAUUUGAUCUUGGACCAGACCACAUUUAUAAUGCCUGAAUUUCCCUACACUCUAGACAGAUCUGAUUUGAUAGAGAAGAAAAGGUUGUCUUCUGUUGGGGAGGUUAUCUGUGGAAAGCCCCUGCCUCCAAAACUGUAUGAAACGCAUAUUCCACAAAACAGUUUUGAUGAAAGAGGAUAUCUAAUAUUUAAUAAAUAUAUUAGUGAGGCUGAUAUCCGACUUGAACCUAAUAUUGAUAUGUCGCAAGACGACAGUAAUGAAAGUAAAGGUUUAUUUAUGAGAAAAACAGAAUCACCAAAAUUGCAACAAAAAGAAUUUACAGUGAAAACUGGGAUUUCUCACAAGCCUGAUGGUACAAAGAACUUCUUUGGCGAUGGUGGCUUCUUCAAUAUGAAUGCAACAUCGUAUUUUGGCGACAAGAAGCAAGAAAGUUCGAUAUUUGGACAAACUGAUAAAUCACCAUUUGCUAAAGACAUUUUUCCACAAACAAAAGGAACAAAUUCUGUUCUCGGCGAACAAUCUGCGUCCUCCAGAAUGCCUUUAUAUGAAGAACAGGCGCAACGAGCACCCAGUUAUAAAGAACCGUCCAAAGAAAACAUAUUUUCUAGGCCAGCAGGAAGUCAGUCAAUUUUUGGUACUUUGCCAUCAAAUGCUUCCAACAUUUUUGGAGGGAAUUCUUCAGUACCUAUUACAAAAACUGGCGGUUUUGCAUUUCCAAUCAAUAUUUCAGAACAAACCUCUACAGGAAUGUUUGGUACUUCGUUAGAAUCCCAAGCUGCAUCCAACUUACCACAAAUUAGGAUGCCUAUAACCCCACCACAUGAAAACACAAACCAUUUGAAAACGCUGGAUGAGAAACGACUGUUGGAGCAGAAGAUGUUGAGAGAAAGAGUGGCGCAACAGCACUUACUAGUCCAGGAGCGCUUAGAAAAAGAAAAGGAAGAGCAAAGAAAAUUAGAAGAGAGACGUAGGCAAGAGGAACUGAAAAGGAAAGUUGAAGAAGCAGAAAGGUUGAAAAGAGAAGCGGAUCAACGACAACGACAAGAAGAACAAAAGCGACUAUUGGAGGAAGCCAGACUCAGAGAAGUUGAAAGGUUACGUGUUAUUGAGGAAGAGCACAAACGUAAGGAAGAGGAGAUGCGUCAUCUAAGAUUGCUCCAGGAAGAAGAGGAACGUCAACGAAACUUAGAAAUCAGUAACACUGUGGUAAUGGUAAUCUCUGACAUGUUGCUAUCGGUCGAAAAGAUAGUUCACACACAGUCACUACAGAAAAUCAAUAAGAGAAUCCGAGAUCGAUUGCUCAGAGGCAUGUUACACAAAUGGAGAGAGAAUGUGGUAAAGAAUAAAAGAAAACGCAAAGCUGUUGACAAUUGUCCUCUGUGGGUUGGCACAAAGUCCGUGCGACAAGAAGCUAACGAGUUGUAUUCAUACAAUCAGGAUUUGACGUUGCAAAUGAUGCGUAGAUACAGAUUAGGCAAAGCCGAUGAUAUUAAUAUGCUUGCCGAGGAACGGAUAAACAAGAUUAAUCUUGUGAAUUUAACCUACACGAUUUUAGCCAAGCGUUUUUAUGAUCUCGGCUUGAGUUUGCAAAAGAACAUUUUUUGGAAGGUUACCAUUUCACUACCAGACGAGCAGGAAUUACAUAAUGGUUUAACAAGGAUUGAAGAGACGCUCGAUAGCUUCUUUCAAUGGAAGUCACAAGAUGGCAGUAAAAUUCUUAUCGAUCAUUCAAAGGCUUAUUCGCAGAGCGUUACAUAUUGUAUCGAGAGGCAACAAGGACAUGAAGUUAAGAGUCAUGACUCAAAUGGCAUUAUUUUUAUCGCCGAUGAUUUUAAUACCCAUGUACAGCAAAGACUCAUAGAAGUCUUGAAGUGUUAUGGAGUAUUUGUUAAAAUACCAGUGGUAAUAGUUUUGCAGAAGUACGAUCCUCAAAGUCAAAACAAACUGAAGGCUUUAAUCACUGAAAAGAUCGUCUCUGAUUAUGUAAUUUUGGUAGAUUAUUUUGUGCCGUAUAAUUUGAUGGGAGUAAUUGAGGAGGGACUGAUAUUUUUAGCUAGCAAAAUUGAAAAACCGCCACCAUUAGAACUGGACACUUUCAAAAACUUCAUUAUGAAGCAUCUAUGUUUCGAAAUUUGGAAAAAAGCCAAUAGUUUUGCCAAAUGGAACUCGAAUUACAGAACUUGCCUAAGAAAUCCCAGAACUGUGAUAAAGUUGUAUAAUGAAGGGUUGGGGAAUAUAAGAAAAAUUAUUUUGAAUAAGGCUUGCCAGGAGUAUAAUGCUUUUCCAGUCAUUUUCAAAAAGUAUACUAAUAAUGUACCGGAUUUCUUGCCUUGCAACUACAAAUAUUUCCCAGACUUUUGGACAGAUGAAAAAUAUUAUGGAAGAUUGGGGAAACUUUUGGACAGUCUCAAGUUACCUGAUUAUGAUUUUAUAUGGCCGCCAAAAACGCAGAGCGAAUUGGAAUUAAAUGUUUUAAGUUAUUGUGAAGAAGUUUUCAAGGACUUUAACAAAGUAUUUUUUAAAAUUAUGAGUGUUUUAUUGAGAUAUUUCGACCCUAAAGAGAAUUUUAAUGACGUAAAAUGUGUUAUGUGGACAGAUGUGGUAGAAGUUCUUGGAUUGGAACUGUUGAACCAGUUAGAUUUGUCUUUGAAAUGCACCGAAUAUUAUAAUAAAUCUGUUUUUGAAGAGUAUGUGGUUGUGUAUGAUGCAAAUAUUUUGAAUGACUAUCAAAAUGGCGAUUGGUAUUACGUAAAUAAUCCAGUAAUUAAAUCUACAAUAGAAAGAGAACUAAUCAAAGAGCAGAAUAAACGAAGUCCUAUUAAACAACCAAUAUUGGAUGUAAGCACUGAACUGGAUAUGACUCUAGAAAAGGUGUCGAAAUUUUUAAGUAAAGAGAGAGAUACCCCAAAAAUGAAACAAGACAUAGCUGAAUUCAAUGCAAUGGUAAAUGACUUGGAAAGCAGUAUACACAUUCAUAAGAAAAUAUCUUCGUCAUUUGAAAACACUAUUAAGGGUAUAUUAGAGGAUGUAUAAACUACAUAACAUUUAAAACAUCAAUUUAUUGUAAUUAGGUGAUAAUAAUAGAAUUAGUUAAUGUAAUUUUUUAAUUGUAAAAUAUUUUUGCAUUGAAUUUUUAAGAUUAAAUGAUAAUUUUUUUA